GGUUUUUGAGCAUUGCUCCCAGGUCCAGGUCCUCAACCCAGACAGCAGGCUCACAGGGAAGUUUUGGGGACCAAGAACACCAUAUUACCAUGGCUCCCUUGCCUAAGCUCACUGAAGAGACUACCAUCCAACAAUCCCCUGUAUCUGAAAAAGAUAAAGGAAGCUCCAGCAAUGAUCUUUCUCCUGGAAACAAGAUAGAACUUGUGCAAACUCACUCUACUAUUGCCCUGGUUGAAGAGCCAGUGGUACAAGACCCAUGGGACAUGCCUAACUUGAAGGAUUCUGAGAUCAAAUGGUCAGAGAGAGACACCAAAGGGAAAAUAAUUGCUGUCUUCAGAGGGCUUGGAAAAAUAAUCCUCAUCCUGGUAUUUCUCUACUUCUUUAUAUGUUCCUUGGACAUUCUCAGCAGCGCUUUCCAGCUGGUUGGAGGAAAAAUGGCUGGGGAGAUUUUCCGUGAUGGUUCCAUAUUGAGCAAUCCCAUGACUGGCUUGAUGAUUGGCAUACUGGUGACGGCCAUGGUGCAGAGUUCCAGCACAGUCACGUCUAUCAUUGUCAGCCUGGUGUCCUCUUCCUUGAUGACAGUAAAGAUAGCAAUUCCCAUUGUCAUGGGAGCCAAUAUUGGGACUACAAUCACCAAUACUAUCGUGGCCCUCAUGCAGGCUGCAGACAGGGAUGACUUUCGAAGGGCUUUUGCAGGAGGGACCGUCCACGAUUUCUUUAACUGGUUGUCAGUGCUGGUGCUACUGCCCUUGGAGAUUAUGACUGGCUACCUCUACCACCUCACCGAUGCCAUCGUGAAAACCUUUAAUAUCAAGAGUGGGGAAGAUGCCCCUGAUCUCCUGAAAGUCAUCACAGAUCCCUUCACAAAACUCAUUGUCCAGAUGGAUGAAAAAAUCAUAGCUGAAAUUGCUACAGGAAAUGAAGCAGCCAAAAACAAGAGCCUGAUAAAGACUUGGUGUAAAACAUUUGAAAAUCAGACUUUAAGCAACGUCACCGUUCCCUCACCAGAAAAUUGUACCUCUCCCAGCUUCUGCUGGACCAAUGGGAACACGACCUGGACCCUCAUGAACAUAACCUAUAAACAGAACAUUGCAAAGUGCAAACAUGCAUUUGUGGAUGUCAAUAUUUCUGAUGAGACCAUUGGAUUCAUUCUUCUGACGCUCUCCUUGCUGCUCUUAGCCACUUGUUUGGUCCUGAUGAUCAAGGUGCUGAACUCUAUGCUCCAGGGGCAAAUUGCUGCAGCAAUUAAGAAGAGUAUCGAUACAGAUUUCCCCUCCCCCUUUGCCUGGCUGACAGGCUACUUCGCCAUUCUUGUUGGAACUGGGAUGACCAUUCUUGUGCAGAGCAGCUCUGUGUUCACGUCUGCCAUCACUCCUCUGGUUGGCAUCGGAGUGAUCAGCCUGGAGAGAGCGUAUCCCCUGACCCUGGGCUCCAACAUCGGCACCACCACCACGGCCAUCAUGGCUGCGCUGGCCAGCCCUGGAAGCACUUUACACAAUUCACUCCAGAUUGCCCUGUGCCAUUUCUUCUUCAAUGUCUCUGGGAUCCUUCUGUGGUACCCAAUCCCAUUCAUGCGCCUGCCGAUCCAUCUUGCCAGGAACCUGGGGAAUAUCUCGGCCACCUACCGUUGGUUUUCCGUCUUCUACAUAAUAUUGUUCUUUUUCUUGUUUCCACUGGCCGUGUUUGGCCUCUCCCUGGCAGGGACAUCUGUCUUGAUGGGUGUAGGGAUACCCAUCCUAGUGUUUGUGUUUGUGGUCCUGUUCAUGAAUUUGCUCCAAGCUCGCUGCCCUCGAAUCCUCCCGAACAAGCUUCGAACCUGGGACUUCCUGCCCCUGUACAUGCACUCCCUUCAGCCCUGGGAUAAGGCAGUGUCUCUCAUGAUCAGCUUCUGCCAGCUCCGUGGGUGCUGCCGCUGCAGUAAGUGCUGUGACCUGCCGGAAGAGGAGAAAAAGGUCAAGAAAGUCCGCAUCAAGGUUCCUGAGGUCUAUGAGAACACGGCAGUCAUAAUGGAGGUGACCCAGCCCGUGUCCAAGACGCAGGAGGCCCAACACGUGAAGAACGUCACAGCUUUCUAAUAGGACAGGGCUUGUAGAGGAGAAAAGAUGGAUUGUUUCUUGUUCUAGGUGCCCUUUCCCCAAAAAUAUGGGAAGGGUAGAGGGAGAUGGUUAGCUAGCUAUUGGUUAAUUUGCUACCCCUACCCUCUACCCCCGAAUCCAACAGCAUUGGCAGAAACUGAUCAAACCCUCAUCCUUCUCAAGGCCCUAGUUAUCCCUCACAUGAUUUCUGCUUCCCUAAAGAGUCCUGGGACAAGAACCACAGGGACUGUACAAGAUUCCUAACUGGGCCACUUUAUCUCCGGAAACACUGGGGCAACAGGACUUGAAACAUUUUUAGAAUGAAAGAAUUCUUUUUCUUAAAUAAAUAUAGUUAGACUUAUUUUUAAAAUAAAAAAAAAAAAAAGAAACUUAUAGGUUUUUA